ACAGGUGUCCUAGAUAUGGGUUAUAAGGUUGCUAAGUGCUUUGUUUGGGUGUCCUCGGUCUAAAAGUAUUCAGAACACGGGAUUGUACUGCCCUCUUGUGAUGAGUAGGGAUAUGACCGAAUAAGUAGAACGGGUAGCGCAAGGACACGCAUGCGGUAGCGGAUCGGCUCGCGAUAUUCUGUACAUACCGCUUUGACGUAACCACGCGGAAAGGCGGGGGACCGUCGCUUCCGCGCGCGACCGACCGCAUUCUCAAGUCAAGAUGGACGAAAAGUUGAUAUUGUCCGUUUUUAAUUUUCCUGAGCUGUAUAAUACAACUUUGCCAGAUUACCGCAAUGGUGACACAAGAUCACUUGCUUGGCGGAGAAUCAGCGCAUUGACAGCUCUUCCAGGUAAGCUAUGCUAUUUCUACAAAUCAUCAAGUUUCGUUGAUGCAAAUGUUUGAGCUAACCUUAGCGAGCUAGCUAGUUGUAAGCAAGCUGACUUGUUUGUCGAAAUGGGGUAAGUUUAUAAAUUAUGGCGUUUGUUGUAUUUUUUUAAAAGUCACGUGAGUAGCAUCUGUAUACGGUGAGUUUUAAGAGCACUUCACUGCAAGAACCGCGUGAAUCAUAUUUAAGUCAAUGGGGAGGCAGCGGCCGACGAAUUCGUGAGCGCAGACUGCAGACACCGCGGCACGAGGGACAUUUUUUUCCGUUCCCCACCGGCGCUGAGCCACGAGUAGCUUGGCAUUGCAUCUUCCACGCAUGAAUGAAAUUAGCUAACAAAUGCCAUCAAAUGGAGAGCACUGCACAUUUGUAGCCGACCAACUCAAUGGUAUAGCCUUCCAUUUACAGUUUAUAAAUAGGAACCCGAUGAGGUUCCAUUAAUGAGGGAGUUAUUUAUUAUACGCUGGCCGGGGUUAGACCGGGCAAUGGCCGGUCACAUCAUCGUGCGAAAGCGGGGUCGGUUUGGUCAUGUUGUCAACAGGGCAGUAUAUGGUGCAUCGUCCAGAAACAUAUUUUCCAUAAAAUGUUUAACUCGUUGGGAAGGCAGAUAAAGCGUUUUUAUCCAAAGCAAUCACUUUUGCAUGGGAAAACACUGAAUCCUACUAAUUUCUAACGUCACUUUAGUGACUCUGUAGCUCAAUUGGUAGAGCAUGGCGCUUGUAACGCCAGGGUAGUGGGUUCGAUCCCCGGGACCACCCAUACGUAAAAAUGAAUGCACGUAAAAAUGUAUGAACGUAUGUAUGCACACAUGACUAAGUCGCUUUGGAUAAAAGCGUCUGCUAAAUGGCAUAUUAUAUUAUUACUUUUUGAGCCGAUUUCGCGGUCGGACAUAACGGGUCACCUAGCUCAAAGCCGGGCGCCACGGCGAGAUUAAUCGAACCCCCUCAUUGGGACAGAGAGACGUGUUCAAUCACCUCUAAAAUUUGUAUGCUCCAUUUUUUUCCUGACUCAUUGGCCAAAAAUAAAUAGUUAAUCUUACUAGCUACUUUGAUUUUUUUUCUUCCAUUUAGUCUAAUAUUUUCCAUGUUUAGCUCGUUCAAUAUGAAAUGCAUCAAAUUAAGUAUUUUGAUAUGAUGAAUCCAUAUUGCAUAAUCAAUAUAAUUGAUUUAUCCCUUUAGCUGAAGAAUGCAAAAGGAAAUGGAAGAAUCUAAGAGACCGAUACUUCAAGGAAGUACGACAGGAGAAAAGGAGUAAGGAGGAGACAGGGGAGCGCACCACCAGCCGAUGGAAAUACAGACAACUUCUGAACUUUCUUCAACCAUUCAUUAAACCCAGAAACAGCAAUGCGGACCAUGACAACCAGGACAGCCCUGACACAAUCAAUAAAAGCACACAGAGUGAGAUCAAACCUGUCAAAACACUCAACACAGCCCUGGUAAACAACAUGAAAACCCCUACUACCCAGGUUGGGACCAUGUCGCAGCUAGCCUUUGUGACCCAGCUGUCCCCAGCACAACAAGGCACCCAGAUGGCCCAGCUGGCUUUCCUGGCCAAGCUACCACCAGGCGCCCAGAUAUCCCCAGCGCCCCAGCCAUCCUCAGUGCCCCAGCUAUCAACAUACACAACCAGGAAGAGACCUCAGACACUACAAGAGUCACCUGCUUCACCAUGUUCCUCAAGCACUCCUGCCAAGCUCUCCACAAAGAACAGGAGGCUGCUGGCAAAAGAGAAAGAUCACAGAUCAGAUUCCACGAUCCCUAACCGGCAGUGUGACGAGGAUGAGAUGUUUCUCCUCAGCUUCGUUCCUGCCUUGAAGAGGCUAGCGCCACAAAAAAGAUGCGAGACCAAAAUGAAGAUCCAACAGAUAAUGUAUGAGGCAGAGUUUAGUGUAGAUCAGCCAGUGACUGUCAAAGACCCACUGGUGACAGUGUCCAAUGAACUGCCAGAGCCCGUGCCUCAAGAAAACCAAGGGCCAGUGUCACAAGAAGAGCCAGAGACAUAACUCGUUCAUUUUUGUAGGGUCUACAGGGGUUGUUCUCUGUGGAAGUUUAGAUAUUGUUUCUUUGGACCUAAAGUAUUUUUUGUAAAAUAUAUAUAUUUUAAAUCUCUCUCCUAAAAGUUGAAGAGGCAAGUUAUUAAUCUUCUGUUUUUAGAAUAAUCACAUUUUUGGUGGUAUCAUAUUGAGAGGUAUACUUUAUAUUUUUCACAAUAGUUGAUUAACAACCAAAUCUUAAAACAUUUGCUGUUAUGAAUGCAAGUUGUUAACCAAAUUGAAAGGGCUGUUAUUCUGUUUCUAAUUUAGAAUGUUUAUUUGACUGGCAUCAUUAAGUGGUUGCAGCCUGAUGAUAAAAACUUUGACUACCCAUAUGAAGGUGUAUAUGUUUAAAGAUCUCUCUCAGUAGGAUAUGGCGCAAACAGUCUUUAUUACAGAUGCUAUUUUAAUAAUCAGUUUAUUAUAAUCAUCCAUUCUUUAUGACAAUAUUUAACUAUUUUUUUAUUACAGUGAGAAAGUUGUAAAGUAAACAAAAUCUUAAAUUAGUGAGGGAGAACACUAUCAAAAAUAACUAUCAGUUACUCUUCAUGACAUUCAUCUUGCUAGUUGUCAGGUUGAAGAAAACAAUAUUUUAUAUCGUUUGCACAUUCCUCCCCCCCCUUUAUUAUAUAAGCAUAUGCAUUAGAAUUCUACAUUUUCCUUUGGAAUAAAUAAUAGUCUUACUAGUGGCAGACAAUAACAGUAUCAUUCAACUAAAAAAUUACUCCUUUAAAUUGUAAUCUUUUAUCCUUCAAUUUUGUAACUUUAUUUUCUGAAACAUGAGAAAUAGUCUAUCAAAAUAGCUCCUAGGGCAACUGAAGACAUACCGGUUAAUGUCAUUCAAUAACUUAAACCCAUACCAAUACUGCUCUUUUGGACUAUUCCCCUGCUGACACCACACAUAAAUGCACCACUAUUGUUAAUAUGGCUGCAUACUGGUAAUGGUACCCAAAAGGCAAUUGUUGUGUCAAUAAUUUAAGUCUAUCACAUUUACAUUUACGUCAUUUAG